GAUGUGUGUGCCAGCCUUUGGUCCAGUGCCUGCUCCCGAGGUGACGCCUGCUGCUUCCCGACUGGUUCCCAUUAUCCCUCUGCGCAUAGCUCCCUGGUUGGAUAGCUGCUGCCCGGGAAACGCAACCCGGGCGCCCCGCUAGGGCAACGGCCCCUGCCCUGAGGGCCGGGAUCAUGAAAGGCCUCGGUGACAGCCGCCCUCGCCACCUCUCCGACAGCCUGGACCCACCGCACGAGCCCCUGUUCGCAGGGCCUGACCGCAACCCCUACCUGCUGUCACCUACGGAGGCCUUUGCCCGCGAGGCUCGCUUCCCUGGCCAGAACACUCUGCCUGGGGAUGGUCUCUUCCCCCUUAACAACCAACUGCCACCUCCAAGCAGCACCUUCCCCCGUAUCCACUAUAACUCCCACUUCGAGGUGCCAGAGGAGAGCCCCUUCCCCAGCCAUGCCCAGGCCACCAAGAUCAACCGGCUGCCUGCCAACCUCCUGGACCAGUUUGAGAAGCAACUGCCCAUCCACCGCGAUGGCUUUAGCACGCUCCAGUUCCCCCGUGGUGAGGCCAAGGCCCGUGGUGAGAGUCCUGGCCGCAUCCGCCACCUGGUCCACUCGGUCCAGCGGCUCUUCUUCACCAAGGCGCCCUCACUGGAGGGCACAGCAGGCAAGGUCGGUGGCAAUGGCAGCAAGAAAGGUGGCCUGGAGGACGGCAAGGGCCGGAGGGCCAAGAGCAAGGAACGGGCCAAGGCUGGGGAACCCAAAAGGCGUAGCCGCUCCAACAUCUCGGGCUGGUGGAGCUCCGAUGACAACUUGGACGGCGAGGGUGGCGCCUUCCGCAGCAGUGGCCCGGCCUCCGGGCUGAUGACGCUCGGCCGACAGGCAGAACGCAGCCAGCCACGUUACUUCAUGCACGCCUACAACACCAUCAGUGGGCACAUGCUUAAAGCAGCCAAAAACAACACCACUGAGCUGACUGCCCCACCACCCCCUCCCGCACCCCCAGCUGCCUGCCCCAGCCUUGGGGUGGGCACUGACACCAACUAUGUCAAGCGGGGCUCCUGGUCCACUCUGACCCUCAGCCACGCCCACGAAGUCUGCCAGAAGACCUCAGCCACCUUGGAUAAGAGCCUGCUAAAGUCCAAAUCCUGCCACCAGGGUCUAGCAUACCAUUACCUGCAGGUGCCCGGCGGCGGCGGCGAGUGGAGCACCGCGCUGCUGUCCCCGCGCGAGGCGGACGCCGCCGCCGAGGGCCCCAUCCCGUGCAGGCGCAUGCGCAGCGGCAGCUACAUCAAGGCCAUGGGCGACGAGGACAGCGACGAGUCCGGCGGCAGCCCCAAGCCCUCACCCAAGACGGCAGCACGGCGCCAGAGCUACCUGAGGGCCACGCAGCAGUCACUGGGAGAGCAGAGCAACCCCCGCCGGAGUCUGGACCGCCUGGAUUCAGUGGACAUGCUGCUGCCCUCCAAGUGUCCCAGCUGGGAGGAGGACUACAACCCCGUCAGCGACAGCCUCAACGACUCCAGCUGCAUCAGCCAGAUUUUUGGACAGGCCUCCCUGAUCCCCCAGUUGUUUGGCCAUGAGCAGCAGGUACGGGAGGCAGAUCUGAGCGACCAGUAUGAGGCAGCCUGCGAGUCUGCCUGCAGCGAAGCUGAGUCUACAGCCGCGGAGGCACUGGACUUGCCGCUGCCCAGCUAUUUUCGCUCCCGCAGCCACAGCUACCUGCGGGCCAUCCAGGCGGGCUGCUCACAGGAGGAGGACAGUGUCUCCCUGCAGUCCCUCUCCCCCCCGCCCAGCACUGGCAGCCUCAGCAACAGUCGCACCCUUCCGAGUUCAUCAUGCCUAGUGGCGUAUAAGAAGACCCCACCACCGGUCCCUCCACGUACCACGUCAAAGCCCUUCAUCUCUGUCACGGUCCAGAGCAGUACUGAGUCUGCCCAGGACACCUACCUGGACAGCCAGGACCACAAGAGUGAGGUGACAAGCCAGUCGGGCCUGAGCAACUCGUCGGACAGCCUGGACAGCAGUACCCGACCGCCUAGUGUGACACGGGGCGGAGUCACCCCAGCCUCAGAGGCCCCUGAGCCACCCCCAAAACAUGCAGCUCUGAAGAGUGAACAAGGGACGCUGACCAGCUCCGAAUCCCACCCUGAGGCCAUCCCCAAAAGGAAACUGUCAUCUAUAGGAAUACAAGUUGACUGCAUUCAGCCAGUGCCAAAAGAGGAGCCCAGUCCCGCUACCAAAUUCCAGUCCAUCGGGGUUCAGGUAGAGGACGACUGGCGAAGCAGCGCCCCCUCUCACAGCAUGUCCUCCCGACGGGACACUGAUUCAGACACCCAGGAUGCCAACGACUCAAGCUGUAAGUCAUCUGAGAGGAGCCUCCCGGACUGUACCCCACACCCCAACUCCAUCAGCAUCGAUGCCGGGCCUCGGCAGGCCCCCAAGAUUGCCCAGAUCAAGCGCAACCUCUCCUAUGGAGACAACAGCGACCCUGCCCUAGAGGCGUCCUCGCUGCCCCCACCCGACCCCUGGCUUGAGACCUCCUCCAGCUCCCCGGCAGAGCCAGCGCAGCCGGGAGCCUGCCGCCGGGAUGGCUACUGGUUCUUGAAGCUACUUCAAGCAGAAACAGAGCGGCUGGAGGGCUGGUGCUGCCAGAUGGACAAGGAGACCAAAGAGAACAACCUCUCUGAAGAAGUCUUAGGAAAAGUCCUCAGUGCUGUGGGCAGUGCCCAGCUACUGAUGUCCCAGAAAUUCCAGCAGUUCCGGGGCCUCUGUGAGCAAAACCUGAACCCUGAAGCCAACCCACGUCCGACAGCCCAGGACCUGGCAGGGUUCUGGGACCUGCUACAGCUGUCCAUCGAGGACAUCAGCAUGAAGUUUGAUGAACUCUACCACCUCAAGGCCAACAGCUGGCAGCUGGUGGAAACCCCCGAGAAGAGGAAGGAAGAGAAGAAACCACCCCCUCCGGUCCCAAAGAAGCCAGCUAAAUCGAAGCCGGCAGUGAGCCGCGACAAGGCCUCCGACGCCGGGGACAAGCAGCGUCAGGAGGCCCGCAAGAGACUCCUGGCGGCCAAGCGGGCAGCUUCUGUGCGGCAGAAUUCAGCCACAGAGAGUGCGGACAGCAUCGAGAUUUAUGUCCCUGAGGCCCAGACCCGACUCUGAGACCAGGAAGUGGGAAGCAAACAAUUUUGAGUCAUUAAAAAAACAAACACACAAACUAAAUGUGAACGGAACACCAUUUUCUCAACCUUUAAGAUGGUUAUUCUGUCCAGAGACCCUGAGCCAACUUUCAAUUGACGCAUACAAGGGCUCACAAUUUGGCUUUUUUGGGUCCCUCCCAGCUUUAGGUUAAUGAAGACUUCAUACAAAAAAAA